AUGGUCUACACAAUCACCGUCCACCUCCACGCCAACGACCACCCCGACUCCGUCGACCGCCUCAAGGCCAAGCUCGUCGAGGCCUCCCGCGUCUACUCCAAGGACAGGGAGACCGUCAGCUGGUUCGUCAUGCAAGACGUCCACGACCCCAGGUCCUUCACCAUCGUCGAGCGAUUCGAGACCGAGGCUAGCCAGAAGUACCACCUCGAGAACCCCUACUGGAAGACCUUCGACCCAUACGUCGUCCCCCUGCUUGACCGGCCCAUGGACUUGAGAAGACACGAAGAGCUGGAUACUUCCAAGGACGUUGUCGUUCCUCAAUAG